CCGGCUGCUCCGUCCGCACACGUGGGGCGGCCCCGACAUGGCGCAGCCCGGGCAGAGCGCGGCCGCCGCGCUGGCCUCCAGCCUGGAGUCGGUGCUGCGGAGCCGGGGCAGCGCCAACCGCGUCUUCGAGAUCCUGGAGCUGCUGCAGGCGGACGAGGAGGACGUCGUCCUUUGUGCCAUCAGAACCUGCAGCCGGCUGUUCGGGGCGCUGCUGGAGCGGGGAGAGCUGUUCAUAGGCCAGCUGCCGGGAGAAGAGACCUCUCUCCCAGAUAACUACAGUGCAGAAGACAAGUACAAAAUAUGGAUGAGGCAUCGUUAUAACAGUUGUGUCAACUGCUUGGUGGAGCUGAUGGGCCAUGAGUCUUUUCAGGUCAAGGAAUUAUCACUCGCUACCCUCAUGAAGUUCGUUGAGUUGGAAGGGAAAUACCCUUUGGUCAAAGCAGAAUGGAAGGGGAGUUUCAGUUUCCCUCGUGAGCUUUUAAAAUUAGUUGUGGAGAACUUAAUCCCUUGUGAAGAGGACUCUUCGCUCCUGAUUUCACGUUUCCAAGAAUACCUGGAGUAUGAUGACAUUCGGUACUUUGUGAUGAAGGCUGUCGCUGAAAAUAUUGGACAAGUCAUGCAGAAGACAAAAGAGGUUCCGCUUCCAGUUUACCAGCAGAAUGUCUUUUCCCUCAUUUCAUCAAUUAGCAUGCCAAGCAAAGAGAAUGAGGUGGUUAAUUUCAUGGUAAAGCAAGCUAACCAGGAAGAAUGGAAGGUAUCAAAGCUAAAGGAGCAUAAGCGGGCUUUUGAAAGGAUGUGGCUUGGCUUUCUUAAACACAAGCUACCCACCGGCCUUUACAAAAAGGUUCUUGUAAUUUUGCACGACUCUAUCCUGCCUCACCUGAAUGAACCCACCCUUAUGAUAGACUUCCUGACAGUCGCCUAUGACAUAGGUGGAGCCAUCAGUCUUCUAGCCUUAAAUGGGUUAUUUGUUCUGAUUCAUCAGCAUAACCUGGAAUACCCCGACUUUUACAAAAAGCUGUACAGCCUCUUAGACCCCUCCAUAUACCACGUGAAGUACCGAGCCCGGUUUUUCCAUUUAGCGGAUUUAUUUUUGUCUUCAUCGCACUUGCCAGCGUACCUGGUGGCAGCGUUCAUAAAGCGCCUCUCUAGGUUGGCCCUCACCGCUCCUCCCCAGGCUUUGCUCAUGGUCAUUCCCUUCAUCUGCAAUCUUUUCCGGAGGCACCCAGCUUGCAAGGUUCUUGUGCACAGACCCGGCGGGCCUGAAGCUCUGUCGGAAGAUCCAUACAUUAUGGAUGAGGAAGAGCCGUCCGAAAGCAGGGCUUUGGAGAGCUCGCUGUGGGAGCUACAGACCCUUCAGAGCCACUAUCACCCUGAUGUGGCCCAAGCAGCUGCCGUUGUGAACCAGUCGCUGUCUGAACUAGAGGAUGACAUAUCGGAGCUCCUGGAGCUAUCUGCCUACGAGCUUUUCGAUAGAGAGCUAAAGAAAAAAGCCACCAGCAUGCCCCUGGAGUUUGAACAAGUGAGAGGAUUGUUUGGCAAGAAGGACGAUCUCUUUGCAGAGCAUUUUGCGCUGGAAUGAUGCUGCCUUUCGGUAAUACACGUUUCUGUACGACUGACUCUGACUGUGGAAGACACACCCAGCUGAUUCAUGAGUAUUUCCGUUCAGGUUUGGCUGUGAAAUAUCCAAGUUGAUGGUUGGACUAGUUGAGAUGCUCCUGUGAUCUUCAUCAGCAUCCACAAAUGAGCUGCUGCUGCUGCUCCUCCUAACAGAUUCCUUGUUUCUCACUGGCUUCCCUUUUGCAUUUUAUCUUCACCACCUGCCUGGGGUCAGAAAGCAGCUUUCUCUAUGGGCAGUUAUUCUAUAAUUGUUCACUGCUGGGUUCUUUCACCUUCCUAUGAAGUGUCUGGUGUAGGUUAUCAUCGUUGUUUGGAUACGGGGCUGGAUGGACCUGAUCUACUCUGGCAGUACGCUCCUCACAUUGGCAUCUGGGUGUGUGGAGGUGAGGGGGGUGGGGGCCUUCUCAGCCCAUUAGGCCUGGGUCCUGCCUGGGUUUCACUCCAGAGAUGGCCCCACUCUUGUAGUGGAGGAGUUGGUCCUGCUGCAGGUGAAUGACAAACUUCAGCUAAUAAGAAACUAGUUUAAUCGGAGAAGUAUUAUAAACUUUUACAGGUGCUGGGUUUUGGCUCCUGCGUGCAGAGGCUGGAAGAACAGACUCGAUUUCCUAAAGCAGCUGUUCACACGCAACAUCAACUAACUCCAUCUACUAUGGUGGCGAUGGGACCAAAUUCUUGCAUACACGUCAGUCACUUGGUACAAAGUUGCCUUAGCAGAACAUUACCACAGGCUAAAUCUCUUCUGCUUUGAACAUGAGCGUACUCUUGGGGAUUACUGUGGCUAAAUUCCCAGUCAAACUGCAGUGGGAGGCCAUGCUGAUCCUAGGUAUUUAUUAUCUUCCCAAGUGCUGAGAGUUGGUUAAACAUAGUUCCACUUACAACUUGGAGGAAGAGGAACGUAGCCAGUGGAAGCCUGAAUGCCAGUCAGGAGUUAAAUCGUGUCUUUCCACUGUUUGAUGAAGCUAGGUGAAUAAAGUCCCAGACUGGGAUUUCCAGAAGUGAUGCAGAAAUUUCCUUUGCUGUUGACUUGUGCUUGAAUCUUGCAAGAUGUUGAGUGCACAGCCGGAGAUCCAGCUACGCGCAUGCUUAAGUUAAGCAUGUGAGUAGUCUCUUUGAAAUCCAAUGGUCUUUAACAAGUUGCUCUUGCUCAGUUAAUUUUUAGCUGUCUUGCAACAAUUUGAACAGCAAAUGUUUCUCCAUCUCCUGCAAGAAGCAGGUAGAAGGUGGGAGAGACCUAAUUUUGGCAAGGGGUGGAAGGACAGAGGUAGAAAACUCAAGCUACUGCAUAAGUUGGGACAGAAUACAUCCUAUGAUAGUGUCCUCUAACUGACCAGCUUUACGUUUUCUCCAAGCUAAGUGUGGAACAAGUAGCAAAUUACCAAGGGCCACAUACAAGGAAUUGACUAGAUAAUUCUAUCGGUGGCUAUGGAAGAUGUGAUCCUACUUCCCAGAGUGCAGUGUUGAACCCAUCUCCUGGGGUUGUUUGCUCUCCAGCACCUCUGCUGUUUUCACUUCAGAUAAACUUCCAAAGGAUUUGGCUGGGAUAGUCAAGGGAUGUUUAGGGAAUUAGGUGCUGAACUCCAGUUGAAUUUCAGUAGGAGCUGGGCACCUGACUUCCUUAGGAAGCGCCCGCCAUCAUUAUUGGCUUCUCACGUGCAAAGGCAGGAAUGUGGUCUCAGCUGGUCUCCUUGCCCUCUGCUCCCCGUCUUCUGAUAUCAGUGGAAGGGUGAUGCAGUGCUUGUGACAUUAUCCAGUGACUUAGGAGUUCUGGGUUCAAGCCCCCACUGUGCCUCUCCCCCUUAUCUGUAAAGGGGGGUGAUAGCACUGCCCUACCUCACAGGGGUGUUGUGAGGCUCAGUACAUUAAAGAUUGUGAGGUGCCCAGACACAACAGUGAUGGGAGUCAUGUAAGGACCUAAGAUGUUCUUGAAUAAACUUGUCGGAUUUUUAA